AUAAUGCACAAGUUAGUGUUGCUAGUGCUAAAUUACUAGAAACGUAAAAGGUAUGAUGUGGAAUAUCAGAAUUUCUUGCAGUUACCAAACGCAUAUCAUGUUAUAUAGUCGCAAAUCACUCACAACGUGAAACAAUUCACAUUCGCACAGUUCGUGUUUUACUAUUUAUUAUAAAUAAUAAACUCACUAAAAUCAAAUACCUUCCGACUGAUAAUACGUACCUAAAAAUAUUGCAUAGUUUUGUGAAACGUUUUACUUAUUUGUGAACUAUUACUCGAGCAGGAACAACUAUUAGCAAGGAAAAGUCAACUAAAAUUUUUUUAAGUUAAUCACUUAAUAAAAUGUUUAUUAAUCUGUUUGCAAACAAGUAUUUAGGCAGGCAGAUUUUGUUAUCAAGUAUUGGAUUAGUGCAAGGCGCGUGUGCUGGAGGUAUUUUUGCUUUCACCUCAGUUUUAUUUGCACAAUUGAAGCACGAUCAUACGAUUCAGUUGGAUACCGAUAACGAAUCAUGGCUCGCAUCUAUUCCAACAAUACUGAUGUUUCCUUCCUGUUUACUAAGUGGGGUGACAAUGGAAGCUGUAGGAAGAAAACGAACCAUCUUUCUCUCCGAAAUUUUGGCAUUAUCAAGCUGGUUAUUAACGUACUUUGCAACAGAUUACGCCAUGUUACUUGGCGCUCGCAUUCUUAUUGGCAUAUUCCUGGGAAUUGUUUAUCCCACCUUCAUUACUUAUCUUGGUGAGGUAUCGGAACCAAAAUAUCGCACUAUAUUCCUCACAGCAAUACCGAUCGGCAGUACAUUUGGUGCAUUUAUCUGCCAAUUUCUCGGUGAAUAUGUACAAUGGAAAAUUGUUGCUUUAAUCUUUUUUUUCUUCCCGCUAUAUGAUCUUCUUUUAUUAUUUUUUAUAAAAGACUCAUAUGUUACUUGCCUGGAUAAAAACAAUCUAGAAAACGCACGUGCUUGUUAUGAAUGGUUUCGUGGAGACGCACUUGAUGCCAAACGCGAAUUUGAUGAUAUUCUUGUAGAAAGAAAGACUAAACAAAAAGAAUCGUUCAUGCAAUUAUUGCACAUGUGUGCAAAUAGAGCCUUUCUCAUACCACUCAGUAUUACUACGUUAGUAUUUUUAACAAAUGAAUUUACCGGAACUCAAGCGGUAAUUUUUUACACGUCACAGAUUAUCAACAUGAUUAAAGACGAUCCUGAAUUUGUAUACUACGCCACUUUAGUUUUAAACAUUCUUCGAAUUGUUGCGGUUAUUUUAAGUUUACUUUUAGUAAAAAUCACUUCAGUGAGAUUCAUUUUAUUAUCUAGUGGUUACAUGCUUGGUCUGUCAUUAUUACUGUUGGCAUUAUUCAUGUAUCUCUCAAUGUUGUACAGUAGUAAUACUGUAUUUCCAAUAAUAUCUUUAUGCGCGUUGGUAAUGAACACAGUGUUAUACGGUAUUGGUUUAGGUCCUUUACCUUCUGUAGUGUGUGGGGAAAUGUUUCCACAAGCUACGAGAGGUAUUGGUGGUUCAAUUAGUGCCGCUUGCUCAUUUUUGUUUCUUUUUAUUGUCGUCAAAUUCAUGCCGAUGUUGUUUUCGACUAUUGGGUCGUACUGGACUUUCUUUAUUUUUGGUAUAUUUACGUUAAUAGGUAUUGCGGCAUCUCAUUUCUUUCUGCCAAACACGAAGAAUAAAACUUUACAAGAAAUUAAUAAAUUAUAUCAAGAUAAUGUAAAUUGAAAAUGUCAGACUAUAUUUAAGUGUUAUGAUUUAAGACAUAAAUAUAAAGAAUCUCAGUUGUACCCAACAAUUUAAAGAUUAUUUAUAUAUUAUUUAAAACGUAGCGUUUCAUACUACACAGUAAUUUGUAUAAUUUACUUAGUUUAGCUAAAGUUUUCGUAUUAACAAACUCUUUAUAAUUUGUAACAUAUUUUUUACAACAUAAAAAUGUGUUCAUAUUUUGGCGUCAGCAAACAUACAAAUCUAAUAGAAUAAUUGAAUUUAUAACCCGCUAACAAAAAUCCAGGCUAAUUCUUUCGGAUACUGAAAAGACAAAAUGUAACGCAUGGCAGCAAUCCUUCACCUGGCUCUUGCCCUUUGUGCCGAAAACAAUAGCGGUUUACAAAAUUCAAUUAUUUGUAAUGAUGUUAUUUUUGUCUCUGCGUAUAACGACGUACCGAUGCUCCCUUGAACUAUCACACUUAUCACAGGAAUGUUAGAAAUGAUACAAAUGUGAAGAAUGUUUACUGUUUCGAAUACGAACACUAUAUGUGUCAUAGUUUGGUUCAACUGGUAAUAUUGCGUGGUAUAAGUAAAAGUGAUAAUUCGCAUUAUAAUAAAAUAUCAUCAAUUUUUAAA